AUGACUGCCUUCCGCCCAAGUCCCUUCAGGCCUACUAUGCCCCUGCGUAUCUCUUCGCAGCCACAGACAAUCUUCAAGACGCCCGCGACAAGGCCAAAGGAGAAGCAUGCUUCUGGCUGGUCGUCUUUGUGGGAUACCAACAAGAGUCACUUCUGGGAUCGCGGAAGGCCUUCACCCGCUCUGCAGGACCUGCUGAACCUUCACCCUGAAUUAUUCUCUGAAAUUGCUCAUGGUCCCGGACGACAACCCAAAGCAUUUGUGCCGGGUUGCGGUAGGGGCUAUGACGUGGUGAUGCUUGCCUUGCAUGGCUACGACACCUAUGGACUCGAUGUUUCUGAGAAGGCUGUCGAAACUGCUAGGGAAUAUGCCGCCAACGAACUACGUGAUCCAUCUGCGUACAACUUCAAGGAUGCAUCUACGCUUACCUGUUCGCCUGAAAGGGCGACUUGUGGCACUGCCAACUUUUUAGUUGGCAACUUCUUUGAGCGAGAAUGGGAAUCUCUUCUGGCUACCAAAGAUGGGCAUAAAUUUGACCUGAUCUACGACUAUACGUUCUUGUGUGCUCUCUCGUCGGAUAUGCGCCGAGACUGGGCUCUUCGCAUGAGUGAGCUUCUAGCCCCAAACGGCAUUCUCGUAUGCUUGGAAUUUCCGCUCUACAAAGAUCCUAGACUCCCUAGACCGCCAUGGGGAUUGAAAGACGUUCACUGGAACUUGUUAGCGGAGGGUGGCAACGGCCUGAUUGAUCCAUCCACCGGUACGCCAGAGGGAACAACGUCAAAAGAGGGGAGGUUUGAAAGAAAAGUAUAUCUCAAGCCGGAGAGGACGUUUGAAAUCGGACAAGGGAUGGAUAUGUUGAGCGUUUGGAAGCUUGGACAUGAGGCCUCGUGA